AUGCAAGAGGCUAUCGGUCCAUUUAUUACUGGAGAAAUAAAUGAAUUGACAUCAUCAUUGUCCACACCUAUUGUACCUAUGUUCCUAGUAACGGGCUCAAUUGGAUCCGGUAGGCAUUUGUUAGUAAAAACAUUAGCCAGAUACAAUGGAGUUAAUUGCUUGCAAGCCGAUUGUAAUGCUCUACAAAACUCUACAGCAAAACAAACUGAAAGUAAAGUCAGAUUAACAAUACAAAAAGCUAAGUCUGCAGCACCAGCCAUAGUUCUGCUUGAUAACUUUGAGGUAUUCGCUGUUGAUCCUGAAAACAAUGAAGACUACAGAAUAAUGGAAUAUUUUAUCAAUUCUCUAACAGAUUUGUAUGAGAACUACACUAAGCAUCCUAUAAUUUUCUUUGCUAUAUCAGAGAAAAUUGACUUGAAACCAAACAUAAUGAGAAUAUUUUUAGAUAAGUUUCAUCUGCCUAAAUUAAAUGUUCAGCAAAGAAGCAACUGCCAGUUUCCUCAAGACCCUAAUUUACGGCUUGUACGAGAGGAGGACUUUGAUUCAGCAUUAGAGUCCAUCAGAAGUCUGAAAAGUCAACAUUUGGAUGCUCCGAAAAUACCUAAAGUUUAUUGGGAUGACAUAGGAGGUUUGGACAAACUUAAGAAAGAAUUGUUAAAAACCAUAGAAUUUCCUAUAAAGUUUCCACAUCUGUUCAAGAACUCUACACUUAAAAUAUCAGGUAUAUUAUUAUAUGGGCCACCUGGUUGUGGUAAAACUUUGGUGGCAAAAGCAGUUAGUACAGAGCUCAAUGUCAGCUUUCUAAGUGUUAAAGGACCGGAGUUACUCAACAUGUACAUUGGCCAAUCUGAAGAAAAUGUUAGGAAAGUGUUCGAAACGGCGCGCGCCUCGUCGCCGUGCAUCGUGUUCCUGGACGAGCUGGACUCGUUGGCGCCCAGGCGUGGGGCGGCCGGUGACUCUGGCGGGGCGAGCGACCGCGUCGUCAGCCAACUCCUGGCCGAGGUCGACGGCGUCACCAGCGGGGAAGAUUCGGACAAGUCGAGCUUCGUGUUCAUUAUGGGCGCAACGAACCGUCCGGACCUAUUGGAGCAGUCCUUACUGCGGCCUGGACGUCUUGACAAGCUGAUUUACGUGGGGCCCUACUCAGGCACGCGGGAGAAGACCUCCGUCCUGAAAGCCCUCUGCCGGAACGAGAGGUUGCGCGCGGAAGUGAACCUUGAACGGGUGGCGGAAGCGCUGCCGGACCGCUGCACCGGCGCCGACCUGAUGCAGGUCGUGAGCAACGCGCGAUCUGCUGCCGUACGCGCUCUACUUGCGAAUCUCGCCUCUGGACUGGUGAAAGAGAGCGAUCUCAGUCAGGACUCCGUGAUCCUUGGCGUUUCAGAGCUGUGGCAAGGAGUCGAGUCCUUCAGGCCGUCUGUGACUGAAGAGGAGCUCGCCUAUUACGAAUCACUUCAAUACCAAAUG